AUGGAAACUCUCCCAGGAAAUCAACAAGUCUUACAGCGUAUUGACCAUCUCCAGGACCAUCUCCAGGAAAGGAUGGACCAGCUUACACAAAAUGUCGCUCAUCUUGCCGUACACCUCGUGCACGUGUCCAGGUUAGCCGCUACGGCCUACAACCGAUCCCAGGGUGGAGCCAUUAAAGACACCGUCUAUGCUGAAGUCCCCUCAGCCAAUGGGCAGUUCCCGACCCGUCGCCAGCCAGUACCUCUGCCUGUGUUGGAUACCAACGAGGCUAUAAAUACUCUCCCUGAUGAAAUAUUACGAGAGUACGCGGUGUUCUAUGGCGCGGAUGAAGAGGUUAUACAUGGUGGGCGGGGGAAGCAACUCUACUUUGUUUACCGCGCGAUUGGAGGAAGGCCCUUCGGACCCCUCCCGAUUUAA